UCUCACACUUGUAUCCCAGUGCUCCAACUCCGCCGUCCCAUCCCACCGCCCUCCUCUCGAUCACCGUGGAGACCACCACCAUGUCGCAGAUGAACCCGCGGUCGCAAGAGAACCGGUGUGCACGGCAGAUCUGUCCUUGAGCGUCCUGCCUUCCCACCGCUCUCCCUCCCUGGCUGAGGAAUAAGGAGGAGACCCCGAGGGGAUAUAUGUGUUUAAAGGGUCCUAAAUGAAUGGCCCGCAGCCCGCAACAAGGAUGUCCUCACUUCUCUCGGCCGACCAGGAUCAGACGCGCAGCACGACCCUGUUGGACUCAACAACUUUACCCCACGCGACUAGCAGGAGCCAGAGGCAAGAGAGACUCCAAAGGCUGGACUCAUUGGGGGUCCCCAGGCCGGACUCUGUGGGGGUCCCCAGGACGGACUCGCUGGGGCCUGCCGUCUCCAGGGUCAGACCGGGGGCCUCGCCGGACCCGUACCUCUCCCCCCGGGAGGGUCGGCCAUCGGCCCGCAGGAGGGCCGAGGGGGACCUGGCGGGCCAGGACUUCAGGAAGUUGUACGAGGGGGCGGUGGCGGCCAACGGGAGGCUGCGGAGCCGGCUGGACACGAGCAGGGAGGAGCUGGCGUUGGUCCAGAGCCAGCUGGGGAGGGUCACGGGACAACAGCAGAGAAGGAGAGCGACCGAUCGAGCCGCCAACAUGUUGGAGAUGGAGAAGAAGGAAAAUCAAAGUUUAGAAAAGAAAAUAUCCGACAUGGAGGAGGAAUUAAAGGCCAAGACGGACCUCAGCACCGAGAACCAGAGACUGAAAGACGAGAACGGGGCCCUCAUCCGGGUCAUCAGCAAACUGUCCAAAUAACAGACAGCCACUGCUCUACCGGCUCUACAUCCACACCAUGCAUUCAGCUGUGUGUGUGUGUGUGUGUGUGUGUGUGUGUGUGUGUGUGUGUGUGUGUGUGUGUGUGUGUGUGUGUGUGUGUGUGUGUGUGUGUGUGUGUGUGUGUGUGUGUGUGUGUGUGUGUGUGUGUGUGUGUGUUGCUGAUAGGCCGGAAGCACAAAGUAGCAGUAUUUCAUAUUGAGUCGUUGUUUAUGUUCACGUUCAUGUGUGUGUGUUGUUGGCCUAAGGGACGUGAGAGGGUCUUUAUUUAACAGUUCACUUCAAACGAGUCAAACGCAUCACGUAUUCACUCCCCACCCAAAGAAUAUCCACCGGCAUCUAACCUUGGAGGCUUUCGAUUGAGGGAUGUUCUACAGGAAUAUUACCCUCAGAGUUUAUAUAUUGUUGUUAAUAAAAUGUUUAAACAAAGCAAAGUUUGAAUUACUAAUUAGGUUUAAUGUCUACUGUUUUAUAUCUAUUCCGGUGUAUAUCGCCCUACAUUAAAAUAAAGAUGUAUCUCCCGUUAUUUGAUUUAUAUAUCGACUAACAUUUAGGCCGAUUCCAAUACCAGCCAACCGAUGUAUUGGGCUGGCUCUAGUUGUAGGAUAGCGCCACCGUUUGACUGACAGUUCCAAGCAGUCUAAAGGGCUGAUUAUGGUUCCACGCGCAACGGAAGGACCACGCAGACGCUUCGACGCAGCUGUGAACCUGUUUUGGGUCCGCGUCGGGUUUUAGUGAGCGGACCAAUCACAGCACUUGCUGCUGCGUCGCCUGAUACCAUUUUUGGGGGGCGCACGUCAGGCCCUUGCGGUGGACGCAAGGAGGGUUCGCAAGGACGUAAGGACCCCCUUGCGUUGUGUCGACGUGGAAACAUAAUCAGCCCUUUGCUGUUUUUAAGUGAAGCAAGCAAUGUUAAUGUCACGCACAAAGCACACAAAAACCAAAGCUACUUAAAAGGAGUUUAUUUCCUAGGAUAAUCUCAUGUCUCACAGAUAAAUAUACGUCAUAUCAACCACAUCCCAUCUUUUUGGUUCCCGUGAGGUGUUUGUUCUACAGAGUGACAACGUAGGGUACAAGGUAGUGACGCCUCUUUUUGGCGGGAAAACAAAAAGGCGGGAAACCAAUCAUGCAAAUCACAAAGAAGGCACGGCUACGGACACACACACACGCACACACACACACACUUCUACAACAAGACAAUCACAGUCCAGGGUUGAUUCGUCAGCCAACCAUCUUCUCUGUGUUGCUGGGGAAGUGGAAUUAUUAACAAGCAGUUAU